AUGGUUCAAACAGCUGCAUCAGAGGCCGCGCAACUUCUCGAUCUGACGUAUGUACUGCUGAAAAUGGUGCCUUCAGAUGACUUGCCUGUACUUCCUGGAUGGACAGGUUUUAAUACCCUCCUGCGCAAAGAUAACAUCCCAAGUAUCUCAAGAGUUGGCUAUCUCCCUGUCAUCGACGCGUCUCCGACAGAGUAUUCCACCAUUAAUACGAUCCUUAAAAGAAGCACCAAGAUAGCAGACCAGCUGCAGCUUCAGUACGCGACUCUGGUAUUUGACGAGGCUGUCUACGCCAAAAUCCAGCAUGUACGAUGGAAAAAUGACACCUACUACGACCGUUUCAUAGUACGUCUUGGAGAAUUCCAUGCAAUAAUGUCAUUCCUGUCAGCAAUAUCUAAGAUCUUUGAAGAUGGAGGGCUAAAGGCAAGUUAAAACUCAUUUUUGUCAUUUAUUUCAAGGAUUUUAAAAUACUUAAAAGCAUUCUGCUGCGCAAUUAUCUUGAAAUAUCUCUUCGAGAUAUAUUUUCCUGUGCAGGAAAUUCAAAAGAUCAUAUAAUAAAAUUCAUUGUAUAUAAACAAUCACUAAAUGGUUUUUAAUUUAUUUUACAGGAUGUUUUUAUCGAGUCUGGAAUAGUGAGUGAGGGCUCCAUAAAGGGUGUUAUGUCAGGCAAACACUAUAACCGCUCCCUGCUUUGUCACAAGACUAUGUACGAAGCUCUGCAAAGACUACGAUUUGAAGAAUUUCUAGACACGCUAGACGACGAAAGCCAAGAAGACAUCUCAUCGUUUGUUGAAACCAUGAAAAAAGCGUUUGAAGAGGAUCAACUACGCGAAUAUAUCAAUAGUGAACAAAUGGAACAGCUAUGUGAGCGUUACGAAGCCUUUAUUGUCGAGUCAUCAGCUAGAUCACUUACCUUUGCCUACUGGAGCAUGUACAUUCAAAUGACUGGUAAUUAAUUGGCUUACAGUAUUACAAAUGUAUCUGAAAUAAAAAAAGGUAUUUCAAAGGCUAAUUCUUUUUUUAUUUUUCUAGGCAUACUUCUGUUAUUCAUCCGAGCAACCAGAGAAGUGGAUUGGAACCUUCAUUUGUCAUCAUUUCGAUCAAUGAUCCCUUGGUUUUUUGCGUGCGAUAAAGUUAAUUACGCAAGAUAUGGCUCAGCGUAUUGGCUAGAGAUGAUUUCAUUAGAGAAAUCCCAUCCAGGUACAUGUGUGUUUUUGUAGUCUUAUUACAUUGUAGCCUAUUAAAACGCUUGCUUGAAAUUGGACAGCCAUUCUUUUACAUACAGUAUAUUUAAUGUAGGAUAUGUUUAUAUUAUAAAAGUUUACUUCUUUGUAAUUUAUAGGAGCUCUUCCAGAAGUUUCCGCAAACUUCGCGGUACAACGCCAGAACAAUUAUGGGUUUGCAGCCGUUGCGUGCGACCAAACGAUCGAACAGACAGCUAACAGAGAUUCUAAAACCAAGGGUGGUUUGAUAGGCUUUACAAUGAAUCGCGCAUCAGUGCAUAGAUGGCUCCUCUCGCAAUCUGAAAGGGCUAGGAUCACAGGCCAGUGCAAAUAUAUGGCUGGAAUUAACUGCAAACCACGGUAAGUUUGUAUUCAAUUAAGUUUGUGACCGAAAGCUGAAAUUUAAUAGAAAUCUUUCACACCAACUAUGCAAAUAUUUGAUCAGAAAUGUCAAUGACAAUAAUAAUUGUAUUUCUUUAGAAACAAAAAAGAUCUGGAUGCAACAAAAUGCCAGAAUUAUGAAAAUUCUGUGUGCGGUGUCCUAGCAACAAUUACAAGCAUGAUCAAUCCAUUUAACUCCGAUCAAGAUGGGCUCGUCAAUAUAACAAGUGGCGUUGAACUACCAAAGGAUUCAGCUAAAAGUCUUCUUGACGCAGAAAAGUUGGGUGAGGGUCAAUUCACUGCAUUUUGCGAAGACAACCUUUUAAGCAAGAAACCUGAUAUAUUUACCCCGAUCAAGAGAAACAAAAUAAGGACAUUUUCAAGCAAGACCAAAACAAUGACAGACAAGAAGGGCCAAACAAUAGCUGUCAAAUCAACCAGAAAUCUCUUUGCGCGACUGUUGGUUAUCUCCAAAACACGCGAAAUCGACUUGAAGGGACUUCUUUCCUUUAGCUUAAGUGAAUUCCCACUAUCCAUUGCCACUGUUUCCGGAGAUCUUGUGAAAACCACUAAGUCGAAGAUGUUCGAAGUAUUGGAGAAGACCGCAAGUAGCCCAGUAGUAGAUGUAGAGAACCUUCAAAAUGGAACUGCAUUAAUCGUAUAUGGUAUGGCCGUAGUACAGGCCAUGAAGGGAAAGUGGAGAACAUUUGGAGAAUUUGCUGAUUCAGUGUUUUCCUAUCUGUUGAAUCUUGUAAAGCAAUGGAAGGCUGUACGACUCGAUUUUGUUGCAAACAGGUACCCCUCAUUAAGUAUCAAGAACGCAGAAAGAGCAAAAAGAGCAGCUCAAGGUGUACAGAGAGUUCACAUCUACAAUAAAGACCAGAAUAUCCCAAAACAGUGGAAAAAAUACUUGAGCUGUGGAGACAACAAGGAGUCAUUGGCUGUGUUUUUGUGUGGUCAUUGGAGUACGUACCACUCGGCCCAAAUGAAGAGUUUAGAGUCGUUCUACGUCACCUCAGCAGAUAAGUGUUAUUUACUUUCCCAUGGCUUAUCCCCAAGCGAUACAGUUCAAAGGAUAGAAGUUGCAGAGCUAAGAUGUGAUCACGAGGAAGCCGAUACGCGAUUACUGCUUCACUCAAGACAUGCAGCCGAAGCACAUGCUGAGAUAAUAAUCAAAUCACCCGAUACAGAUGUGUUUUUACUGUGUACAGCCAUGCAGAAAACAAUUGGCACGAAACUGUAUCUGAUGACUGGAAAUGGGAACAAAUUCCGUGUUAUAGAUGUUGCUGCCGUCUCAGACUCACUUGGAGAGGAAUUGUGCGCAUCCCUGCCAGGAUUCCACGCCUUCUCAGGUAUUUUUCUUUAUUGAUUUGAAUAUUUUAAGAUAACUUUAAAAAAUAUUUAUUUAUUUUUUUCUUUGUAGGAUGUGAUACAACAAGUGCGUUUCUUGGUAAAGGGAAGUUAAAACCGUGGAAGGUCCUCAUGCAACAUCCAGAAUUCUGUGCAAUAUUCUCCAGGCUUGGCAAUCUGCCCAUCCAUGAUGACCUGGUAGACCUCCUGAACUAG